AUGGUGCUUGAUCUCGACCUUUUUCGGAAGGACAAAGGCGGCGAUCCAGAAAUUGUGAGGGACACGCAAAAGAAAAGGUUUAAAGAUGUCGCCCUUGUGGAUAAUCUCGUUCAAGCAGAUACGGAAUGGAGGAAGUGCCGCUUCACCGCUGAUAAUCUCAACAAGGCAAAGAAUUUAUGCAGCAAGUCCAUCGGUGAGAAAAUGAAGAAGAAGGAGCCUGUUGGAGAUGAAGACACUCUCCCAGAGGAGGCCCAAAACCUGGAAGCUCUCACAGCAGACACAUUAUCAACACUGACAGUGACUCAGAUUAAGAAGGUUCGGGUGUUGGUGGAUGAAGCUAUUCACAAAUUGGAUAGUGAAAGGUUGAAGUUGGAGGCAGAACGCUUUGAGUACCUGAGAGAGAUAGGCAACCUCCUGCACCCCUCUGUUCCUAUUAGCAAUGAUGAGGAUGCUGAUAAUAAGAUUGAGCGCACCUGGGGCGACUGCACAGUGCAGAAGAAGUACUCUCACGUGGACCUGGUUGUUAUGAUUGAUGGAUAUGAAGGAGAGAAAGGUGCUAUUGUUGCUGGAAGCAGAGGAUAUUUCCUGAAGGGACCCCUGGUUUUCCUGGAACAAGCUUUGAUUAAUUAUGCCCUGCGGAUCCUCUACAGCAAGAACUAUACUCUUCUCUAUACACCUUUCUUCAUGCGGAAAGAGGUCAUGCAGGAAGUUGCACAGCUCAGCCAAUUUGAUGAGGAGUUGUAUAAGGUGAUUGGAAAGAGCAGUGAGAAGUCUGAUGACACUUCAGUGGAUGAGAAGUAUUUGAUUGCCACUUCUGAACAACCAAUUGCAGCCUUUUUGAGAGAAGAAUGGCUGAAGCCGGAGGACCUCCCCAUCCGCUUUGCAGGAAUCUCUACCUGCUUCAGACAGGAAGUGGGCUCCCAUGGUCGCGACACGCGCGGCAUCUUCAGGGUUCAUCAGUUUGAGAAGAUUGAGCAGUUUGUAUAUGCCUCUCCUCAUGAUGGCAAGUCUUGGGAGAUGUUUGAUGAGAUGAUAGGAACAGCAGAGGAAUUUUACCAGUCACUAGGAAUUCCCUACCGCAUCGUCAACAUUGUCUCUGGUGCUUUGAACCAUGCAGCCAGUAAGAAGCUGGAUCUGGAGGCCUGGUUCCCAGGCUCUCAGGCCUUUAGAGAGCUGGUCUCCUGCUCCAACUGCACAGACUAUCAGGCCCGCCGCCUGCGCAUCCGCUACGGCCAAACUAAGAAAAUGAUGGACAAAGCUGAGUUUGUGCAUAUGCUUAAUGCAACCAUGUGUGCAACCACUCGUGUAAUGUGUGCCAUCCUGGAAAACUACCAAACGGAAGAGGGCAUUGUCAUUCCAGAGCCACUCAAGGUGUUCAUGCCUCCAGGCUUGACAGAAAUUAUCAAGUUUGUGAAGCCAGCACCUAUAGAUCAAGAUCUGUCUAAAAAGCAGAAGAAACAACAGGAAGGAGGCAAAAAAAAGAGGCAGCAAGCCGGUGAAACUGACCUGCAGAACAAAGUAGAUAACAUGUCCGUCAACGACUCUUAAAUAUACCCUUCUAUACACCCUGUCCGACAUGUCUGCAAGAACUCGGUUUCAUCUCAUUAACCUAGCCUGUCAAUCCAUGCAUCAUCUUCACACAUCUACUUUACUGGGGUUGAGAACCAACUUAACCUGACCUGAGGAGUUAAAUUCCGCUCUUUUAAAAUCUUUUAAAUGUCAGCAUCUGUCACUUAAUGCAGGUUGAAACUGAAAAGCAAAAUGGAAGGCUGUAUAUAAAAUUAAGGUUAGAAUUCAGGAUUCUUACAAAGGGAACAUACAUGGUAAUAGCAGAACAGUGUAAUGUGCAUAAUUCUAAAACACUGCAGUGGUAGGCUGCAUGAGUGCUUCUAUUUAAGGGAGCGCAGAUUUGAGUGCAUGGUCAGAAUAAAUCCCAAUUUGUCUCAGUCUAAAUUAAAAGGUGUUCAUGAAAAUGAAGGAAUGGAGCCUGAAAUGAACUUUAAUACAUAUGAAUAGCCUUGCACAAAACCACAACUUGUGAUUUGGGUGGUAAAUUGCACAAGAAAACCUGUCUGCCUUGGGUUAGCUGCCCUCAUCUUCAUCUUUGUCAUGUCACUGUUGAAAAGCAUCUACUUCUCACUCUUCUGUCAACAAUGAUGUAGGCCAAUGUACAGUACUUGCUUGAGAUGCUUUGUAAGAGAUAUCAAUAUGAUGGCAUAUAAAAAUAAAUGAAAAUGGAAGUAA